ACUCAGAGUCAUCGAGCGAGCGAGAGAGAAAGAAAUAAAGAAAUAAAGAAAUAAAGAAAUAAAGAGAGAGCGUCCCGCAAUUGGCUACAAUGGAGGUGGAGCGAGUGCAAGCUAUUGCUUCAAUAUCCAAAAUCAUCGACACCAUCCCUCCUGAGUUCAUACGAUCAGAGAGGGAGCAACCCGCCGUCACCACCUACAGUGGACCUGUCCCGGAAGUCCCGGUCAUUGAUCUGGGCAACCCAGACGAGGAAAGCGUGGUCCGUGCAAUCGCCGAAGCUAGCCAAGAGUGGGGCAUCUUCCAGGUCGUCAACCACGGCAUACCCAGUGAGGUCAUCCAGAGACUACAAACGGCCGGCAGAGAGUUCUUUGAGCUGCCACAAGAAGAGAAGGAGGCCUACGCCAGGCCUCCUGACGCCGAGAGCCUUGAAGGCUAUGGAACCAAGCUUCAGAAAGAAGUGGAAGGCAAGAAAGCCUGGGUUGAUUUCCUCUUCCACAACGUCUGGCCUGCAAACCGCAUCAACUACAGGUUCUGGCCCAAGAAUCCACCGUCUUACAGGGAGGCCAACGAAGAGUACGUCAAAUACUUGAUAAGGGUGGUGGACAAGCUAACGAGGUAUCUGUCUUUGGGGCUGGGACUUGAAGGAAAUGUGAUAAAAGACGCCGUGGGUGGAGAUGAGUUGGAGUACCUUCUGAAAAUUAAUUAUUACCCUCCAUGUCCUCGGCCGGAUCUGGCUCUUGGGGUGGUGGCUCACACGGAUUUGUCGGCCUUGACACUUCUUGUGCCCAACGACGUUCCUGGACUUCAGGUAUUCAAAGAUGACCACUGGUUUGACGCUAAAUACGUCCCCAACGCUCUCAUCAUCCACAUCGGUGACCAAAUUCAGAUUCUCAGCAAUGGCAAGUACAAGAGUGUGCUGCAUAGGACCACAGUGAACAAGAACAAAGCAAGGAUGUCAUGGCCGGUCUUCUGUUCACCGCCGGCAGAGCUGGUUGUUGGCCCCCUUCCCCAACUUGUUAAUGAAGAGAAUCCCCCCAAAUACAAGAGCAAGAAAUACAAGGAUUAUGAGUACUGUAAGCUCAACAAGCUUCCUCAGUAAAUUGUAUCAAUGGCAACAAAUAAUAUUUUGGGGGUGGGAAUCUUUUGUUUUGUUUCUAUUUAUUUUGGGCCUGUCUGUGCCUAUGAAGACUGGUUAUUUAGCUUUCUGUGCAGUCAUGAUAACUUGCUUUUGCAUAGUUAAAUAAAAAGUGUUAGUUUGUUAUUUAUUAUUUA